AAAACUGUUCCACGAUAUUUUGAUCUUUAGAUGCGUUCUGUCAUUUCCACAGCAUGUAUGAUGUAAACAGGAAAUGUUGAACAAAUGUUUUUGUGUUAUCUUGUUCCUUUCUGAAAGGGGACAAGAUGACAUUAUAAACAGAGGAACUCGUUGGGAUGUCGAGAAUGGCAGUGAAAAUGUUUUCAGCUGUAUGACAAAAUGUUGAAGGAUUCUAGUCACAUCUAGUCUUGGAAAAAAGUCAUGGAUUUUGUUUUGAAUGUGCUUUUGCUGCUAUUAGUCCUAACAACAGCUUCCGUAAGACCUUGUAUCCUGAACCCAUCAUGCUGCAAGUGUGGAAGUAUGACACCCAGAGAUCCUUACAUACUGCUGAACGAAGAGCUGGUUUUGAACUGUACUGUAAACGCAUCCUUUCAUCACGACUCUGCAAGCUUGUACUUCACACACAAGCCUAACAUGUCUGUUCCGGAGAGGGAGCUGUCCAAGGAAUACAUCACAACUGUAAACAACACAACAAUAUCCUUGAGAAAGAUGGUCAGGUCACUGGAGGAAGCAGGCACCUAUUCCUGCAAGAUUCGAGAUGUCAGACCCGGAGUGGUUGACCGACAGGUCGUGGAAGUGGAAUACCCUUUAAGGAAUGUGACUGAUUUUCACUGCAUGAUCUACGACUGGGAUGUCAAUAAGACAUGUACCUGGAACUUGGGACCCUAUGUCAAUCUUGAGAAUAUUAACGUCACCCUGUACGGGAAGUACUGCUUUGGUCCUAGAACCUGCUUGCGUAUUCCCUAUGUUGCAUGCCCGACUCCAAACCCUGAUAGACAAGGCUGCAAAUGGGGUUUUGGGUCUACCUUCUUUGAUAGUAGAUAUUUUAAAGGUGUAAUAUCAUUAAAAAAUCAGAGAAAAACAGGCCAGGUUCUGCAGCAUAAAGUCCAUUUAAGAGUAGCCAGCCUAGUAAAACCUGCUCCAGUUAAAUACAUCAAUGUGAAUGUCACCUCUGACAAAGGGUGUGCAAACCUUACAUGGGAAUACACACGUCCAAACAGAAUGCAAGCUGUGGAGAUCAAGUACUCAUUGUACGGAAGAGAGAACCCGGAUAUUCAGACAUUGGUGUUGAAGAACAGUGUUGUCAAUACCACCAUUUGUAACCUGGCUCCGUUUUCGGAAUACAUGUUUGAAAUUCGAGUAAAGCCACAGAAAGAUUCAGGAAACAUCACUGGAUAUUGGAGUGCACCCACCAGAAAGCUGUUUAAAACUGUGGGAGGCUAUCCCAGUGCUGCUCCAGUUUUAAGCCUCGGGAGUUAUGUCAGUAAUCAUGAACAAUGCAUCAAUGAUAUGGACUACCGCAGAGUUUCAGUGUUAUGGAAGGGUAUACCUUACAUGGAGUCCAAUGGAAAUGAUGUGUAUUAUGAGAUUCACAUUCGUAAGAUAGGAGACACCCAGACAGAAUUGAUACAGGUGAAGGAGAUGAUAAAUAAGGUGGACUUGGAUCUAAAGUGUAGGAAUGGCUACAUCAUCAAUGUGUAUGCUGUCAACGAAUAUGGACCUGCCUCAGUGUUUGGAUCUAUAACUGUUCCACCCAAUGGCACUGUGGAAGUACCGCUGAAUGUCCAGACAGAGACUGAUAAUCAAGUGGUGAAUGUUUCCUGGGACUAUAACCCCCAGAAGAAUGUGAGCUUUACAGUGUAUUGGUGUAGUAAGAGGGGCCUGAGAAAAGAAGCCAGUUGGGUGAGGGCUGGGUUUGGGAAGCGUUUUUUGGUGUUUAAUGCCAGUGAAUUUGAGGAAAUAAGUGACCUGAAGUUUGGGGUGUCGGCCGACUCCUUUGCAGACAAUAUCAGCAGUGGAUUUGAGUGGAACACCUGUGUGUACAAAACCACUGAAGCACCUGCUGCACCAAGGAAAGUUUCUAUUUUGUCCAACAAAGACGGUUUGGUCAUUAACUGGAUUCCUCCAACGUGUGAUGAAAUGUCGUCCAAACCAGUCAAGUAUCAACUGUCCUGGUGCCGCACCGACGGCAAGUCCAACCAUUGUCAAGGCCCAGAGAAAACCUGUUAUAUCCAGGGCGAUGACUCGGUUGACUAUGAGUAUAGCUUGUCUGAAGGAGACGUAGAAAUGUCCAAGUGGUACGGAAUUGUCAUCAAGUCCAUCUCCAGUCUGAACAAAACCUCGGCUCCUACAGAAAUGUUCCAUGGUCAGCCUGUUAGGAACUAUUUGCUUGCGGAGGAGAUUAUUGGUAUUUCCUUGGCCUCUCUGGUUGUUCUGUUCAUCAUCGUUGCUGGUGUCAUGUGGUUCAUUCAGUGCUGUUAUCGCUUCGUCAAGAGUUAUGUAAAACCAGAUCCGAUACAUCUCCCAACAGUCCAAACUAAUCAUGUCGCAGAAAGUGGAGUGAUGUCAGCUUACAAAGAGAGUUCCUCUGGGACAAGGUCCCACAGUCCGAUACAAAUACCACCCCCCUCCACAUCACCCCUGAUCAGACAGAAUGGAAUCCCUUUCCAUUUUCAGUAUAGUAUGGACAGUGGCAGAGGCAGUCUGCCUGUGGAAGACGUCCUUGAUCACGAGACCCACCCUCCAAUACUGGAGUCUGUUGCCUUGGAUGGAAGUGAUCUUAGUAACCCAGUUCCUUUUGUGCAUCUUCCCUCCCCCAGGCCAGAAAGCUUCCUCUACAGUGAUGCUGACAACAGCUGUGUUGGAAUUAGUAGCUCCUCUCUGACCAACUACCGGGCAAUAUGUCAGGCCACAGAGUCCGACUCGUCCUCAGACGAGACUAGCAGUGUGAUCAGUGAGACACAAGAAGAAGAUUUAAGGCCCUAUAUCAAAGCAGGGUCCCAUAGUUCCUCAGACAAUAUGGGGUCACUUCCUGACUAUACCAAUGAUGUUAAGUCAGGACCAUCUUCACCUAAAGAAGAAAGGCAUGCUAAAUUGUGUCUGAAAAAUACUGUACUAACACAUUCCUGCCUAGAUAUAACAAAGUCUAACCUCUAUGAACAGCCAGGAAAUGGGACUGAAAACUCCCAGAGUAAGAAAGGCCCAAGACCUUCAACCUCUGUACCCAGGGUACAUGUGAUAUCAAGUAGCAAACAUACUAACCCUGUGUAUGAUGACAGCAUGGUAACUCUGUCUGCUCUAGAAAUGUGUAAAAUUCUGAUCUCUGUAGACAGCUCUCUAUCAAAAGAGAGACAGCUGACGAACGAGCUGGACACUGUGUCGGUGAACUCUGUGACCUCCAAUGAUGUGGGGAAGGUCCCCACCCGCGGGCAGGGGGAUUCCGAGGGGGAUUUGUCCUCCAGUGUAAACAUGAUGGCCAGCUCCGACUACCUUCCAAUUGAUUCAAUGCAGUUUACCUCAUCAUGCUUCUCAAUUUAUGAUAGUAGUAAUUUGGUGUCAUGAUUUUUAGCUUGUUAUUUUUUAGUUUGUUAUUGUUUAAAAUUUGUACAAUUUAAGAGUUAUCAUAGUUAAAAGUUGUUUCACGUAACAUUUAGGUGACUGUAUUUUUUUUUGUUAUAUAUUAAAUCUUUUAUAUGGUCAUGCAACUAGUGCUCAGGCAUGGUUCAUAUUCAAAAUUUGCUAAGAGAGUUUAUCAUAGCAUAAACACUUGAUAUUAAUUAUAAAUGUAAAUUGUAAUUGUAUAAAAUGUAAAUAUUUCAUUAAUUGAAUUGCGUUUUGAUUUUAUGGUGUUUUUUUAAUAUCAGACCAAUGGUACAAUGAAUUCAAAUUCAAAUGAAAUGCUAAAUGUCUGCUGCAGACUUUUCUACAUUUUAUUGGUUUGUGUUCUGUUAAAGACCAUGAUUUAUGUGUUGUUCCAAAUGGUUCUUCACAACAUGUAGAUCAAUGCCUCAGGUAAUCGCAUGAUACAUUUUUGUCCCCAGAAAGCCAAAGUGCAAACUUUUUUUUUUAUUUCAUAAUAGAAUUAUUUUUUGUGUUGAAACAAAAAGAUGAAGUUAUUUUUGUUAGACUCAGUUAACUCAGGGGCAGAUCACUCAAUGUUUUUAGCUGUGAACUCAGCACCAGUUAAUGUCAUUUUAAUCUAGUCAAGUAUUUUUGUGAAAAUACUAUUGUUUUUUUUUUUAUUUCAUGUUACAGGGUAUGCAACAUGAUAUAUAUGCAAUAUUAAGAAAUGCCUUACUUUAAGUUUUUCUCUUGUGGAAAUGAUUUCAUGAUAUUUUUUGUUGUUCUCCCUCAUAAUCUGAAAUUAAGUUAAAGUUAAUUUCAUAGUUAUUUCUUGUAGAAUAAUAAACAUGUUUAACGAGAAGUUACCUUUUGACCUAGUAUAUAUCUUUUCCAAUGCAAGUUAACCGACACAAAUUAUAUGAUAACAGUUUUUACGUAACAUGUAAUCGCUGUUUAAGUUCUUUACAACUGAUGGUACAUUUGCAAUAUAUUUUUUGGGGUCACAGAUAUAUGGCAAUGCGUUUUGCUGCCUGUGAACUUUUAUGAUAUUGAAUUGUUGUCCUGUAACAAAUCCUUAUUUGCAAAAUUUUCAAGUGGAUAAUUAUUUGAGAUUUGUUUGAUUAUAUGUCAUAGGAGAUUGAAUGUACAUGUUGUAUAUCCAAAUAUGACCUCAUGAUCAAAUUUCUUUGUAUAGUGAUGGUUUCUUGGAUAAUUUGUAACAUUUCUAACAAUAUAUUAAUGUGAUCAUAUUGGUCUAUGCUGCUCCAACAUUUCAUGUAGGUUUAUCCUGAUCAGAUUUUAUUAGCUACCUCGAUAACCAUAUCACAACAUUCCUUACAGAAUCAUACACCGUCACGAAUUCCAUCUCCAUCAGUAUCUUAUGUCAAUGGAUGUAACCCUUCUUGGUAAAGCUGUGGACCAACUUUUAUUUCUGACAACUUUAUUUCGUGAUAAACAGGAGAUAAACUGUUUAGAGGCAACUAAUUUUCGUGAUUAAGAUUUAGAUUAUCUAAUUCUAUGAAAUAUAAUAUACCAGGGAAUUUGAGGGCUGGUUCACAGUGAAAAAUAUUCGCAACGACAUUGUUCUCGCGAACGUUGCAAAAAUUUCUCACACGCAAAUUAAAGUUGGUUUGCAGUAUGUAGAGACGUAAAUAACAGAGAUUGGCAACUCUGCCAUUAGCGUGUUUUGUUGUUAAAAAAUGUUACGGGACCAACCUUACUUUGAGAACUACAUUUUAGUAAACUGAGAUAAUGAUCUUAAACUAAAAGGAUAUUGUUUUUAUGGAAAAGGUGCAUAGGCUAUAGACAUUUUUAAAACCAAAAAAUGAAAAAUAAGAAUAAUAUAUAGAAAAUAUAUUGGACAGCUAUAAAACAUUGGCGAAAUCUUGAACAACAGGUAUCUGCCUCCUAAAACUCCUCUUUUAAUAUUGUUUAUAAGACAUAAACUCAUGAAAAUAUAAUAUUUUGAAUGUCUUUGUAAUAGGUUUUAGCUGUUUAUAUAUUACGAUAUAAUUGUUUAUUAGAAAGAUAUACUGAUUUAAUCUUGGAAUACUUUACAAUAGGGACCGAGGGAUUUCGCGAGAUUUCGAUCAGUUGCCAAUCUCUGUUAUUUAUGUCUCUGCAGUAUGUAAGCAAUUGUCUACAAAAUCUGUCUCAUUUUUACUUUACUUAAUUCUUUUGUUAUUUUGAUAUUUGCAUGGGGGACAAAGGGAGUUAGAUUUUGGGUUUAUUGAAAUGCUGUACAUAAAUCAUCCUUGACCCAAUUAUCAACAUUGACUUUGAUUUGACAUUGAGUCUCAUUCUUCUGGUCAUUUUCAUGACCUUUUGCAAUAUUGUUUCAAUACUUCAAUACUCAGUAUAACAAAAUUCAAUAAUCAUCCUACAUGUUGUUUAAAUAAAUCAAAAGAAGUAAGGUAGAUUCAUGAUGAUCAGACAUUUCUCAUUAAUAUUUUUGUUGUGAGGAUUGUUACUUCAUUCCCAAAUUUGUACUCAGUUAAAACAUAUCAUUUGGAUUACAAACUAAUGCUCCUUUUUUGUCUCCAAAUUUGAUGACAUUGCUUGUAGUAGUGUACAUACUGGAACUAACUGUGUAUGUUAUCAGAACUUAAUUGUUAAUAAAUGAAGGAAAAUAAA